AUCCAGUACAUUUAAGUUAUAUCAAAUCUAUCCAGGAUUGCUGAUUUCAGCUGUGCCUCAUGUGGUUCUGGGACGAUCUGUGUAUGAAAAGAAUAGGAACCACUGCCUUACCCUUGCAUGAUCGUAAGAGACGACUUAUAGGGUCUUAACACUUGGUUUUGCAGUAACUCUGUGAUUCCAGCAGGUAUGCAAAUUUUGAUUCAAUACCUCAUGUUUUUAUUUCGAUGUAAAUGAGAUGUGGAACCAAAAUUUGUAGUCCUGUUUGGCGCCAUAUAACCGUAAAACUCAAAUAAAUGAAUGAUUUCAGCUGUAUUUACCGGUAGAUCAUGGAAGCCAGAUCAUUGUCUUCUAAUUAGUUUCGUCAGGGUAUGAUGAGAACUAAGUCUUAUUGAGGACAUUGUUUGUUUUCAUUAAAUGAAAUGAAAUGGCAGAAGUCACUUUUUAUCUGGAAUACUUAAGGUCGUUUUUUCGGAUGAAAAUUUGAAAAGAACCUUACAAACUUUCAAAAAUUUGUCUAUGUAUAUGAGGGAUGAGUGUGUAUUUUUGUUACCAUUAGAAUUGUAUCAAGACCAGCCAAACUGGACAUAGCUCUCAACCAUGAAGCACCUAGUCUUCAGAAUGAAUUCUACUUGAUAGAAGUCACAGUUACAAACAGGGAGGAGGUGCCCAUUAGUAAUGCUGUAUUGUCAGUUAAUAUACCAGAGAGGGAGGAGUCAGACAAAUCUACACAUUUGAGUUUGGGCCAUGCAGAGUUUGAUGGGCGAGUUGUUUCCCAGCUUUCCUACAUUGAUCUGGGAACCAUGCAGAAAGAUGAUGUACAAAGCAAGUCUAUAUUUGUAAAAUGUCUGCAGACUGGUUCUAAACAUAUAACAUUCCAGGUAGAGUACAAUAUAGACGUAUCUGUGAAUGACCAUGUGAUACCGUGUGCCUGUGUGAAGACAGAAAUGAUAAACUUGUCCACUGUCAGUGCAUUUGAAGUGUCUGUAAAACUCAUGAAUAUGAAGUUUGAAACUAUUGAGGCAAUUCAGGCAGAAGAGCCAUUCCUGUUGAUGCCUGAACUGAAAUGUACCUCACCAUGGGCAGUUGAUAUUCAAGACAGUGAUCUACAACUAACUGCAUGUAUAGAGAAAGCAGAUGAGACACAGUCACAGUUACAUGGAGUAUGUUUGAAGAAGAGUGAGUGUGCAGCUGAAUGCUUCUGUCUGACCUCGAUGAACACAGUACAAACAUCUGUGUCACUUGGAAGCUAUGUGCUACACUGGAAGAGGCACAAGGAUGAAAGUAUAACCUUAGACCAUCCUUCAGUGACAACUCUUUUCUCCUUACCUACUGUCAGUAUAGAGCACAUUCCACUUUCCAUAGAGCUCAAACUUCCAGCCUAUGGCAGCAUGAAGUGUCUACUACCUGUGUGUUACAUUGUACACAAUCGUACAGGAUACCCCCAGGAGGUGGAGGUCAACAUGGAAGCCAGUGAUUCUUUCAUGUUUUCUGGGAAUAAACAGGUUCACUUCAGGCUUCUACCAGGCAAGCCAUAUGAAAUGACGUAUAACCUGUUUCCAUUGGUUGCUGGUCAUGUGGCCCUUCCCAAGAUGCAUCUGAACAUGUUGAGGUAUCCUGGAACAAUGGACCCUAUUGUACAGAAAAUGCUACCCACUCACAUCUUUAUCAAGCCUCUUGGUAAAGUGCCACCUGGUGAGAGGUAAACCAGUGCACAUUUUGAAGGUCCAAGUCAUUGAGUUGAUUGCAAAGAUUGGUAUGGAUUCCAGUGAUUUCAGACUGAUUGGAAUACAACUAUUGCUUCUUGUGGGUUGAACUAUUUUGUUUCAAUACACGGGCCUGUGACAGAAUUGAAAUUUUAAUGGAGAUAUUCACCCCAGGAGUAUGAAAUGUUCAGACAAUUUCUAGUGUUAUCUUGUAUCCUAAUAUCUGAUGACUAUUUGUACAAAAAAUGUGGAUUUGCAGUAUUUAAACAAUUUAUUACAAAGCAAGACAAGUUUUUUACAUCACAUGUAAACAUCAUAGAUUUCUGCUUAUUUUCAAAUCUUAUACCAGGUUUAUACUUGAAGAACUUCUAAUGAAGGCAAGUGUCCAUUUUUUGCCCGCAUAGUUACCAAAGACACCCAGGGAUUACUACGGUUUCUCAGUUUCUAUAAGACUUGAAAGGAGCCAGUAAAAAGUUGGGGCUGAAUGUGAAAGAGAAAUUAAGGCAUUGAAUUUAUAGGACUUGAUUUACUACAAGUUUUUUUUAACUGUGAUUCCCCUGACUCAGUUUUCUUCCUGUGAAACCAUGUCAAGCAGCUGUAAUACAUGUACUUUAAAUUCUGCAUAUUCCAUUUGAAAAUUAUGGGAAAAUGUAAAUUACAAAAAUAUUAAUUUUAGUCACCUUGCAAAAAGUUGACUUAAGACCAAGAUUUUAUUCUUUGUUAUCCAGUAAUGACAUGACUUUCUAUGUCACUAAUGCGCAGAACUACCUUAAAUUGCUGAUCUUCAUGGUAUAUCUGGUCUGUUUAGAUGGAACUUUUAUUUGUGAGUUUAGUUAAAACACAUGCUUUUUAUUGUCAAAUUCAGCCUUUUACUUCUUAUUUAUGUUUUGUCGGAUUCAAUAUUAUAUAUGUUUAUGAAAAAUUGUUAUGUUUAAGUUAGAAAGAAAAUCAUGUGUAUCCAUUUGAAAUAUAAUGACCACUGUGAACUGAUUUUUUUUGUUUCUGUUGUCUGAAAAUAUGAAAUAUAAAUACAUUGCUUCCAGGAAUUAGACUGUAUGACACAGAUUCAUAUUUAUAAUAUCAUUUUGUUUUAAAGCCACAAAUGCUUUCUUUUAAAUGAGUAGAAUGAGAAACAAUUGGUGAGAACAUUGGCAGUAUAUACCAUUUUGUCUUUAAUGCUAAUACAUAUAUCGUACUAAUUCAUUAAAGUCGUAGCAAUUGAUACAGAAUGGGAAGAAUUGUAGAAAAAUUCAGUGAGAAAGAUUGGCAGUAUUUUUGGUCAAGCCAUGUAAGAUAUUCUUCAUUAACAUGUUUGACCAUUAAUAUUGUUAUGUGUAAUACAUGAAUUCUUUUUUCAGAGACAUAGAUCAGUUUUGAUUUGCGUCAGUUUACACAUGAUAGAACAGUAAUACUUGUUAGUGGCUAUGUUAAUUUGAUGCAUAAAAUAUUCUAUGUAGCUGGUUAUGUGCAAUACAAUCGUGAUUUUGAAAAUAAUAAAGUAUAUUGUGUCAAACA